CUGAACUUGCAGCAUUAGUGUUGAGUUAUCAAUAACAUUAUUAGCGGUCUAAAUCAAGUUGCGGCGUCAAACAGUACUUUAUGAACUGCUGUGCAAACCCUUUUUUUCUUCAACUAGCUACAAAAUAACUCCAGAUGUUACAUUAUUUAAUUGCCUUUAUGAAAGUUGUACACUGCUGUUAGUAAUCUAUUACAGUAAACACCUAAACAUGCAUAAAAAUCCCAUCAAUAGAUCACAAAAGCAUCACUUUAUCUAAAACAUAAAUGCGGUGAGCUGCGUAUUGCUCUUUGUAUUUGACGCGCUUUAAUGGGGCUCCCAUCAAAAUGCAUGCUCACAGGACAGAACUGCAUUUUACAGCCAAAUGUAGGCUUUAAAAAAAGUGCCAGAUUCAACACUUUCGUAAACACUAUCUUGACAUGAGGGAGCUUUUCACAUCCAUUCAUCUCAGUUCAGACCGGGGGAACAUUUGUGGGUUGAUGCCAACGGUCAACCUGAUGUUUACUCAAUCCAAUAGAGUCAUUUAUUAACCAGCGUGGAGCAAAAUGUGAUGAAUUUUACUGGUUCAUACUCAAACCCUCAUAUUGCACUUCUUCACCAUGCUGAGAGGGCUGCACGCAGGACGGAGGGUUCUGACAUGAGAGGAUGAUCUUUUAUCUGAGUUGACUCCUCAGACUGAUCAGCUGUAUAUUUCUCUCGCACACACGGCUGCUUCUCAGCAGACAUACCUCAAAAUUACAAAAGAGUGAUACAAACACUUAAACAAUCAGACGCCGCCUACGAGCUGAGCCGUGACACACACUUCAACAUAUAGGUCCACGUCUCUCGAGGGGAUGUUGUGCUCACAUUUGCGUCCCUCGCUACCUCGCCUCCUGUCGCUGAGGCUUCUGGGUACUGCGGCCUCUAGGACUAUAGCGGUCAAGCAGCCUGAGCUUCUGUCAGCGACUCUGGCCUUCGAGGAUUCCGGCGCCUUCAGGGUGAAGAGUCUGGGUGAGCUGCUCCGGGCUCUGGGCGUCUUUAGGCUCUGCUCCUUCCCAGUGCUGGUUAACAACUGUGGAAAGCUGAUGUCGGUAGCUCGUACUCUCCUCGGCAGGAGGGGGUUUUCUCUGCUGCUGCGACCCACCGUCUAUGCCCAGUUUGUGGCCGGAGAGAAUGAGAGUGAGAUCUCUCAGUCCAUGGAGAAGAUGAGCUCGCUGGGCUUGAGGCCCAUGCUGGCUGUUCCUAUAGAGGAGGACCUGGGAGAGAGCACCGGGGAGAAACGAUAUGACGACAACAUGGAGGCCAUGCUGGAAUGUGUGCGAAUGUCCCACAGCAACGCCUGGUGCAAAGACCCGAUGAUGCAGCUGAAGAUCACGGCGCUGCUCAGCCCGGAGCUGUGUGUUAAACUCACAACCCUCAUUGCACAACAACCCUAUGAUCUGGAUCUCCUCAUCAGAGCGAUGGAUGGAGAGAUGGUCACCUUUCCUGGUUUGGAUGAGAAAGAAGCUGCUCACUUUCUGUGUGGCCUAAAGAGACUCAACAAAAUAUCAGAGGCCAGCGUGAACAAAGUCAGAGUCCUGGUGGAUGCAGAGUACACCUACAUGAACCCCGCCCUCUCCCUGGUCACCAUGGCGAUGAUGAAGAAGUUUAACAAAGACAGUGCCUGGAUUUGGAACACGUAUCAAUGCUACCUGAAGGCAAUCACUCGGGAGUCCAGGUCUCUCCUGUUAGAGGCUCUACGUCUGUCCAAGAAUCAAGGCUUCUGUUUGGGCAUCAAGUUGGUCCGAGGAGCCUACAUGGACAAAGAGAGGAAGCUUGCAGAGAAAGAAGGUCGUACAGAUCCCAUUCACAAGUCCUGGAAUGACACCAAUGACAGCUAUAACGGCUCCCUGGAUGUGAUGCUGGAAGUCAUAUCGCAGAAACCUGAUGGCUACAGGAUCAUAGUCGCCACUCACAACGAGGAGUCAGUGAGACGAGCUGCCAAACGGAUGGAAGAGUUGGGGAUCGACAAAGAUGGAGGCUCGGUGUGUUUCGGCCAGCUGCUGGGAAUGUGUGACCACGUCUCCCUCACACUGGCUAAGGAGGGCUACACUGUGUACAAGUCAGUUCCGUACGGCUCGGUGGACGACACUCUGCCCUACUUGGUGCGUCGGGCUCAGGAGAACCGAACAGUGCUGCAGGGAAUCAGGAAAGAGAGAGACCUACUGAGGCAGGAGCUGAACCGCAGAAUGAGGCGGAGUCUGACGGGGGGAAGAUGACAGAGUUACAAUGAAACUCCUCUGAGCCACUUGACACUCAUUUUAAUGCUCAGGAAACAGUGGGAAAGGAAGCCAUGAGGAGAACCCUGCUGAACAAGAAAGUCAAAUCCAUGUACGCUUUAAGCUCUAAUGUAACCAACAGUGUAAUGAAGAACUGUGGUAAAUGUAAAACAAGCACAAAACUUGUUAUACUGUUCAUCUAAUUUAAUUUGUGGGUAAACUAAUAAUGUUUCAACAAGUGAGAUCAAUGUGUUUCGCUAAGUUUGAUGCCAUUUUAAAUACAUGCUCUAUUCCUGCUGUGCAAUAAAAACAAUUUAUUCAUGUUUUAUUAGAAUAAACUAAAUGUGUGGACUA